AUGAUAAACUUUAGAUUAUUGAGAGUUAUUAGUCGUUGUUAUAGUAGUAAUAAGACUCAGCCGUUGGCGUAUGUAAACAGACAAGCAGAAAUUCUUGGGAAUCUACCGAAAUACUAUCCGUCGUUGUCUCAACUGCCAAGGGCCACUAUAUCGAUAAAGGAGUUUAAUGCCAAGUAUCAAGAGACGUUAUCUAGUGAUGCUCCUGAGACUGUACAUGUCAUCAACGGUAGGGUGAAGGCGAUCAGGGUUGUUGGUAAAUCAAUGUGUUUUAUCGAUUUAUAUCAACAGAAUGCCCAUCUUCAGCUGAUCCUCAGUUAUCAUGUGAUGAAGGGGAGUGUUGGUAAUAAGGACGAUUUUGUGGGCUUGGUACGUGGUUUGAAACCGGGUGAUCAUAUUCAAGUCCAAGGCUACCCAGGGCUAUCUAAAACCGAACAAACGUUGUCAUUAAAAUGUACUUUGCCAGUCAGUAUGUUGUCAGCAAGUCAAGUGGCCAUUCCGCCAAAGCUGAGUGAUGCAGUUAAACGUCGUAAAAACAAGGUACUUGAUUACCUGGUGAAUGGACACGAGGUGUUGGUUUCGAGGCACAAGAUUAUCAGCUCACUUCGCACUUUUUUAGACAGCAGAGGGUUUAUCGAGGUAGAGACACCAAUACUGUCUGCUAAGUCUAACGGAGCUAAUGCUAAACCAUUUGUGACGCAAUUAAAUUCCUUGGGGAAAUUGCCAUUGGAGUUACGAGUUGCUCCAGAGCUUUGGCUGAAGCGAUUGUGUAUCGGUGGUAUGGAUCAAGUAUAUGAGAUCGGGAAAGUGUUUCGUAAUGAGGGCGUAGAUGCCACACAUAAUCCAGAAUUCACAACUUUGGAACUAUACAAAUGUUAUAGCUCCAUGGAGGAACUGAUCGAGCUGAGUGAAUCCCUCAUUCGUCAUAUAUGUACCUUUGUGGAUACUCGACUGGCCAAAGAGCUUUUACAAGAAAUGAAAGCGAAUGGGGACAGGUUCAGGAGAAUUGAGCUGUUGCCAACUUUGGAAAAGGAGACUGGGAUCGAUUGGAGACAAGUCGAUCUCUCAAAUUGUGCGGAAAUCUUAUCCGUUUUGGAGGCUCAGGGAAUCUCUAUUCCUGAUUCCGCCAAGUCCCCUCAACAGAUACUAAAUUACCUUUGUGGGGCUGUAAUAGAGGAAAAAUACUGCAAAAGUCUUCUUCCGACCGUUAUAUUCCACCAUCCAUCAAUUAUGUCACCGCUGGCUAAAGGCGAUGACGUGAUAUCAAAGAGAUUCGAAGUUUUCAUCCGGGGCAGGGAAUUCAUGAAUGCUUACGAAGAAGAGAAUUGCCCACAAACCCAAUUAGCAAAGUUUGAAUCGCAGCAGUUUUGCAAGGAUACAUAUGAAGACCACGAAUCUAUGGCUAUAGAUUAUGAUUACGUCAAUGUGAUGAAGUAUGGUAUGCCACCAAUAGGUGGAUUGGGCCUAGGAAUCGACAGGCUAUGCAUGCUUUUACUAAACAAGGACAGAAUCGAGGAAGUUUUGGCAUUCGGGUGUGUAGAUGAUGUGAGCCGACAAUAG